AUGAAGUGCUUUGCUAUUGCUGCUGCUGUUGCUAUCGUUACCCUGGGUGGCUGGUCCUCUAGCUCAACGGCUGAUGCUGCUGCAAUCUUGCACUAUAGACAACAUCUUGAUCUCGUGACAUCUCAAGCUGCCUCUGAUUUGAACGCAGGCCGUUCCAACGCUGCCCCUUCCAUUCCCUCUUUUGCUGUCACUGGUGACAAGCAACAUGCUGAUUUACAAGCAGCUGGCUCUGCAAGUGGUGAUCUUUACAAGCGAGACGACGAUGAUGAUGAUGACGAUGACGACGACGACGAUGAUAGCAGUGAUAGCAGUGAUAGUAGUGAUGAUAGCAAGAAAGGUGGCAAGAAAGGUGACAAGAGUGGUUCAUCCUCCUCAUCCUCCUCAUCCUCCUCUGGUGGCCCAUCAUCUGGAAAGACGUUUUCAGGAACUGGUACCUUCUUUAGCACCACUGAUGAAGGCGCAUGCGAGACUUCAACUAAAGACGACGAUCUCAUUGUGGCCUUGAAUUCAGAGCAAUAUGGCGAUACAUCCGAAAAGAGCCCAUGGUGUGGCAAAAAAGUGAAGAUUACUGUUGGCUCAAAAAGCGUCCAAGCUACCAUCCAGGAUGCCUGCCCAGAAUGCAAAUUCGGCGACUUGGAUAUGACACCAACCGUGUUCGAGAAGUUGGGUGACUUGGAUACCGGUGAACUUGACAUCAAGUGGCAAGUCGUUUAG